AUGACAAUACCACGUGGUGCGCUGUCAUAUACGGCGCGCGGUUGUUGAUUUUUAUAAAACUGUCAAAAAUGUCCUCCGACAUGUCUGAAAUUUUGACCUCAAAUGACGGCAAAGAUCUGGAUGACAUUCCAGCGAAGAAACAGAAGAUCCAUCACAGCUCAGAUGCGUCGUGUUCUGAUGAUUCUCUAGACACGAAGAAUGGUAAAGAAACGGUUGAAACACCGUCAAGCAUACCGCGGGAACUUCAAAGUGUCAACACAUUCGACGUGGUGCAAGAUCCUCGUGUCGUGGACAAUGUUGGUAAGAAUUCUCCACAAGCUCCCCGUGUAAACGAAGAUGACCCGAGUGGCAUGGACGACGACUUCAAACUUCCAGCCUUGAGGAUGCCCCAAGUCUUUGAUUUCGCAAGUCUGAGCUACGAAGAUCGACGUGACGGCAUCUUGAAGAUUGUACAGUCUGGCAGAGAGUUCCAGUAUGAAAUCCAGCGAACCUUCGCUUACUAUGUUGAAGAAGAGACAUCGGAGUUGAAGGGGCAUCAGGCUGUAUGGCGAUCCGUUGAUCUGGCUUGUGAUGUACUGGUGCAGAUGCAUGAAUUAUAUCGUGAGUCCUUUCCCAUCAUGAUGACAGUUGAGAUGGUCGAGCCAUUCUGUUGUCUCCCAGGACCUUCAUGCAGUACGGCAACUGAAGAACAAGUCAUCUCUUACCUCAAGGACAAUGACUACAAGGUGAAUGUAAUAGAGUUGUUCCCAGUCCAUGAUGACUCUGGCGACAUAGAUGAGGCAGCUUUGGUUAUUGAGCAUACGAGGUUUUUCUUCAACUACAUAUGGCGUCUGAGUGACGUCAGCAACUUCAUGUAUGCAGUGGACAAGUUCGCCAACCGUCACCUUGAACCCAGAUUGAAACUAUAUUUUGACGUCAUGGAGAAAAAUGUCUCACCGGGAUUAGCUCUGAAGUACCAGAAUAUCAUAACCGAUUACCAGACAAAGUACCGACAACUCCGCAAGAAACAGGACUACAUCGAAAAAUAUGACGAGUACGAUUACACUGAUACAGACAGUGACGGGGACAUUGACAACGGCUGUGACAAAGACAAAGAAACAGGUGAAAACAAUGACAAGGACAUUGGCAAAGACCGUUGUGACAAUCAGGAGGAUGAUGACAAGAAAUGUCACCUUGAUAAAGUUAAGGACAGUGACAUUGAAGACAGUGAGGCCCUGGCACAAGAGCAGGACAUUCCCAUGGACAGUGACACAAACCUUGUCAAUGUGGUCGCAGACAGUGACAAAGAUAAAGACAGUGACAAAGAUAAGGUCAGGGACACUCAAGACAAUGGUGCCAAGGUACAAGACCAGGACAUUCCCAUGGACAGUGACACUAACGUUGUCAAUGUGGAUGUGGACAGUGACAAAGAUAAAGACAAUGACCAUGACAAGUUUUGUAACGGGGAGCAAUAUAGUUCCAAAGAUGAAGACCAGACGAGUGACAAAAAUCAAGGUGAUAAAGUGUCCAAGAUCAAUGACAAGGAGGACAGUGACGCUCUGGAGAAGAGGUUUCCUGAAUUGGAAGUGUUUGAGAUCUCAAGAUUGUGGAAAGAUCUCGAGCUUCUUGAAGACACUUUGGAAAUGAUGGAGAACCCUGUAAUGAGGCACCUGAUGGAGAUCCCGAGGAAGAGGCUUGGACAUAAGAAAAGCACGGCCUUAGCGAUCCGACAACCGCGACGUCAUAAUGAACCUGUCACACACAUUGUCGCUGAGAAAAUUACUCUUAGAAUGAUACAGAACCUUCGGCUGCCUGAGGAAACUGUCUUGCAGACCCAUUCCACGCCCGCAUCAGCUGUGGCUUGUUGCUAUGACAACGACAUCAUCCUCAUCCUACCUGGCACGUACCCUGGAGAGGGCUUGACUAAUAUCGAGCAUUCAGUCACAAUACGAGGUGUUGGUGGUCCAGAAAACGUCAUCAUCAUCAGCAAAUGCCGAGAUCCUGAAGAUGACCUGUUUGUCCGUUGCUACGGUGACCAUGUGACCAUCAGCAAUCUCACCUUUAUUGAUGAGAGUGACUCCGCCCACUUUAGGGGAGUCUUAGAGGUCGGUGGGCCGUCAAGUUCAACCCGGCUCGUGAACUGCCGCUUUCUCUGCAGUUCGACAGGGGUGAUGGUGAACUUCUCCAAACUGGAUAUUCAAGGCUGUGAAAUCUCCGGUGCACAGGCUCCUGGCGUAAGUGCACACCAAGGCUCAAUGCUCAACAUGCACUCCUGCUAUAUCCACGACUGUGGAAAGACAGACGAAGCAGCACUUGCCGAGGAUACGUGCGGAGUCCGCAUUGAUUCCCCACAACAGCUAGAGCGAAACGUUCCGAAAAGCAAAACUUUAGUGAAGAUCAGCAACUGCAAGAUACAAAGCAACGCUGGGCCGGGGGUACUCCUCAAGAUUUACUCGACUGACAAACAACAGGAGGCCAAGGCUAUCGACCUCAGCGACCUUUGCACCCUGACCUGCCGUGACCUGCAGGUCACCGACAAUGACUUCAGUGGCAAUGCGAAGGGCGUGGCUAUGGUUACCUAUUUUAAGAUAAAAGAAUGGUGAUUUUACAACAAGACAAACAAAAGUGAGGAAAAACUCCGGGCAAAAAAAUAUGUUUCUACAAUUUUAUUCAAUGCAAUGUUGUUUUUGCUGAAACAAUUUCAGUCUGCUAAACGUUUGAAACGAUUUGUUGGAGCACAUUGGUUUUGAAGAAUGUGUAACAUAAACAGCACCAUAUGAAACAAAUUAGUACGCCAAAUAGAGUGGCAGUGUUAAGGAAAUCAUUUUUCUAGGUCCUUGACAAAGAUGUGACAAAUAGUAAAAAAAAAUUAUAUUUACAAUUUAUAUACUGAAAGAUGCAAUGAGAAAUUAUAAUCAACUCAAGAUAACUACCUUUAAUAUCAUUUUGUAUUCCAACACAAAGCUAGACUGGUGCAGUUUUGUAUAAAUUGUCCCUGCCCCGCCCAGCCCCUGCCCCGCCCAGCCCCCUCCCAGCCCCUGCCCCACCCCCUGGCCCACCACGCUGCCCCGCCCUGCCCUAAGUCUCACUUAUAUAAAUAUAAGUUUCUGCUUGCCUUUGAAAUUAAAUCAAUUUUUUUGCAUAAAUGUUACACGUUAAUGGUUUGACUACAAGUAGUUUAUGAACAUGUUUGUUUUGAGAGUAAAUGAAGAAUUUGAAAACUGUUGAAAUUGUAAGUUUUCAGAAGUUUGCAUUAAAAAAUUCUCCGGAACUUCAA